AGAUACAUAAUUCAAAUAAAAGCAAAUACAAAAAGAGAGAGAUUAUAAAGAUAAAUGAACAAAGGAUUUAACAAAAAUGAAAUGUAUAAUUUUGUAGAUGACAAGGUUCCAUUUACUGAAAGUUACAAUAGCAGUUUGAUAAGAUUGGAUUCAUUUGAAUCAGAAAAAGAUAUGAACAAGCAUUCCAAAAAAAAUGAUAAGAAGAGCUUAUUUUUGAAAUAUGGCCCGAUUGAUGGAAAUAUCAUUUACACUUAUGGAAUAGAUGCGAAGAUUGGAAAGAAAGGUUCUAACAAAGAAAGAACAUACACUAUUUAUGAAGAAGAAAAAUUAUUAAACUUUUUAAAAUAGCAAGAUAUUUAAAGAAGAAAAAGUGCUGAAGGAAGCUAAUUUGGCUUUUUAAAUAAAAGAAUAAUUGCUCUUGAUAACCUUGCUCCCUUUCAUCCUAACUAUAAACCUCCUGUCAAGCAUGGUCAAGAUAAAUUCUUCCAAGACCAAAGUCCUUCAAGAAGAAUAAAAGACUCAUAAAAAACAAGAAUUCACUAAUAGAGAGAGUCAAUUGACAUGUAUGGUGAUAAUAAAAUGCAAAAAAGAUUAUCAGCUAUUCAUAAAUAAAAUAUACUUUCUAAUAUUGUUAAUAAUACUAACUCUAGCAGCAAUAAUAAUAAAAUAGACUAUGUUUUAAACUAAGACAGUAAAGUUUUUAGUGAUAAAAUACCUAUUAUCGCUUUAAGUUAAUAAAAAAGAAAUUCAAGAAACGGUGCUUUUUUAAAAUAAAUUCCCUCAAAUACUGGGUCUCCUACAAAUGCAAGCAGCAACAACAAUAACAAUUAAUUUCAUCAAACCCAAAGUUCAUUUGUUGCUUUAGAUAAGACUCCCUCGAAAUCUACAGGUAAUUAAUAAUAAAUUUUAAAUGAUAACCCACAAAAAUAAAAUACAGACAAAUUAAAUUUCUCAUCCUAAGAAAAUGAAAUAUAAGAAAGCAAUAAGAAUGUAUUAAAUUAGAGAAAAAAAUUAUUAAAUGAACCAUAAUCGAACUAGAAAACUUUAAUUUCGAAAAGUAGGAGGACUCACACUCAUUAAGAUUUAUCAGAUAUACAAAAUAAUACAGCUGUUUCUUAGAACCAAAAAUUGAAUUAAAUAGCUUCAAAUAAACAAUUAAAAACAUAGGGCAAAGAUGAUAAUUCUCAUUCUUCGCCUACUAAUAUGGCUGCUGUCUUCUUUAGUGUUCAUAAAAAUUCAACCAAGCAAUCAAUUUAAAAGUAUAUUAACUCCAAUGGCUUGUCAACCACAACUACUCUAGGAUCCACUAGCUUUUAAGAGAAAGUAUAGUAAGAAAAAUCACUCCAAACAAUUGAUUUAACAAAAAAAGAUGAUUUUCGAUAAACAGUUGCAAAUAAUUUGAAAAAAGAGAAGCUCUUACCAUUAAAUUUGACAGACAAAAAAUAAUUAAAAAGCUCUCAAUAGUUAUUCUCUUCCGUUUAUAUUUCCCAAAAUCCUCUUUACAAAAAAAAAAUUAAUUAGGGCAAAAGAGUAACUCUACCUGAUAUACAUUUUUAGAAAACUUCACCUAUAAAUUAAUAAAAAACAUUGAAAACUAUUUCCUAAUUUGAUUAAAAAGACAGAGAACCUCUGAUUUAAAAAUCAAUGGAAAGUACAAACAACAUUUAAAGUCCAAAUAAUAAAUCCCAAAAGUUUGACACAACAAAAAAAAUUGCUAAAAAAAUUGAUUAUAAAAACGGAGAAACUCAAGCUUUGAGCAAAAACACUGAAAACAGUGAAACUAAAUUGAACUUUAGGAAGUAAAGUUUAAAAUAAUUGAAGAAACAAGAAAUUUCUAACAGCCAAACAAAAAAAAAGUUACAACCAAAUUAAUAAUUUAUCAAGUGA